AUGUUCAAGUGUAUUAUUAAAAGGAACGUUUCAAAUGUUGUUUUAUCGCGAAUUAAUCAGAAUUUGUUAAAUCAACCGUAUAAUGGUAAUAAUGUGUUAAAUGCCAUAAAGUUAACCCUUCCAAUACUGGAAAUGGGUAACGAAACUGUCGAAAGCGAGCUGAGGAGUUUAGAAAAUGAAUUGAGCAGGUGUAAGAGUGAUUACAAUUCCGAACUUUUUAUAAAUGAGAGUCUUUUAAACUUUAAAAAGAAGAUUAUGGACUCAAUUUAUACCAACAACGUUAAGUUCGAAGAGGCUAAAAAUUACAUUCUGAACACAAAUUGUAAACUUUUCCGUCCAAUCAUUUCCUUCUACAUCUAUCACAUAUUGAAUUCAACAACAAAUUAUUCACAAUUAGAUGCCUCAGUCGGAGAAAAUUCACACUUACCUAACCCAGUUGAGGGAAACACACGAAUAAAUUACUCGGAUGAUUCACAGAUGAAAUCAAUUGAAAAGUUAAACAUAUCAUAUGAACUAAUCCACAUCGGAAGUUUAAUACACGACGACAUAAUUGAUGAAAGUGAUGUUCGCAGAAACUUGAUGAGCUCACAUAAGAAGUUCGGAGUAAAAUUCUCAGUCUUAUUUGGGGAUUUCCUGUUAUCAAAAUCCGCCCAAAUUAUUACUUCUCUUCAAAAUAUUAAAUUAGUCGAUAAAUUAUCCAACACACUAGAUAAUCUAAUACAUGGCGAAUUGAUGUACGUCAAUUUGAACAAUAAUGAUUUGUAUUUGAGUUAUUUGUACAAAAUUUAUUUGAAAACUGCUUCACUAAUUUCAAAUAACAUCUCCUCCGUAUCUCAUCUCACAAAUCAGUACAAUUUUCAACUAGAUGAAUUGUUGUAUAUAAUUGGUGUGCAUAUUGGAUUGAGUUUCCAAAUGUGUGAUGACUUGCUUGAUUAUAACUCAAACUUGGAACAUCUAGGAAAACCAAUUCUAAACGACAUUAAACUAGGCCUAAUUACAUUGCCGUUAAUAUAUAUAUUGAAUAAUAAUGGAGGUACUGUUGUUGCUGAGGGGAAUUCUGUUAAUUCUGACAGUGUCAGUAGUGUUCUGAUGGAAUUGAAAAGGUUAUUAAAUAACUAUGAAAAUAAUAGAGAAAAACUCGAAAUAAAUAAUAUAAAGGAGUUUUUAAAGGUUGUUAAUGAUAAAAAUAACAUUAACAAGUGUAAAUUAUCCAUUUACUAUCAUCUCUACCAAGUUAAAUCACUAAUGAAGUCGUUCAAUCAAACCAAAACCAACUCUCUAAUCAACUACAUCUAUAAUGUUGUUAAUAGAUAUUCUACGUAUUAUUAA